UAGAAGUCCGGGGGACGCAGGGAGAGGAGCAGCAGAGAGAGAGCUCCGGGCUGGAGGCCAUACAUCCCUGUGUUACCCGCCCCUCCCUACUCACCUGCCCGGGAUCUGUCCGUGGUGCUGAGCGGCCGGGCCUGUAGCGCAGAGCAGCCCGGGCAUCUCCGGCCCAGAGAGACUCAGGCACCGGGGGCUGGGGGCAAGGGCACCGUCUGGGGGCGCCGCUACCGUGUCAGGAAAGCUCCGGGGCUGUGUGAGGCACAGGCCGGGGCAGCUGCACCCAAACUGCCACCCACUGGGGCCUGGCAGGAACUGUCAUCUACCAACUGCCCCCCUCUUCCCAAUGGGGAUCUACCGGCCCCAUAACUGACUCUGCUGCUCAUACAGAGACCCCCCCCCCCGGGCCGAGGAACCGUCUCCGAGCCCAAUCGGCAUCUGGCUAGUGACAAGGACAAGUCCCAGGCAAGGAAAUCACUAAACUGAGCCCCUUUUUCCAUAGAGACCCCCCUCAAGGUUGGACGGAAACCCCAAGCGCUUCGUUGGGACCCUCAUUGACACUCAAGGGGAAACUCCAAGCCCACAGCAUGGACUUUCCUACCAACAAGAAGACCACCAGGUAAAGGAAAAACUUCAAGCCCCCCAUUUGGGGAUCAUUUCACCGACAAGGGCCCCCCAGGAAAGACAAUCACCCACCUGGGAGACCCCCCAGCUGGGCACCAAGGGCAAGAUCACAGCUCUGGUUGUCUUUUCAUCUUCUAGGAGCUCCAAGGUCCUCACUGGAGACACCCAGGUCUUCAUAUCCAAAGAGACCCUUUGGGGGAACUAUAAAAGGUAAUCCACCCUUCUAUUUCUCCUGCUUAUAAAAAGAUAUAUAAAGGGGAAGCAAGCCCUCAAGUUCUCCAGGAGAUACCCCCAUUCGUAGACCAACGCUACAAACCUUUCCAUUUCUGAAACCAUCAAGGGUUUAGCAACUUUCCUGGGCACGAUUAAAGGUCAACCACCACGUUCUAUGGAUACUUCCAAGUGAACAUGGACCUCUGGUGAACAAGGUCACCUCUCAAAGAUCGACUUAGAUGCCACCACCUCCCUGUGGAUAUUAGCACCCAUCACCGCCCAACUUUAUCACCCACCUGGAGUCAAUUUUUACAUUUAUCCAAACAGAGUUGCCUUCACCCAACUGUGUACAAUAAAUCGGAGAUGAUUGACAUCCCUCCUGGUGCCUCCUAACUGGAUUUAAGGCUGACAGCAGAUACUUUGAAUAAGGAUUUUACCAUGACGGUGAAGAAAGAAAUAAUGUUUCCUGCAUAGGAGUGCCUUUUGCCUCUGGAAAAGCCGAAUUCGGAGAGAAUGCUGGGAUUCUGCCGGGGGAGAAGGAAGUUCCUGCUCGCCUCUCUGACCCUACUUUUUGUUCCAGCCAUCACCUGGAUUUACCUCUUCACUGGAAACUUUGACAAUGGGAAGACGGUGUCCCUGUCCCCGCUGGACGCUCAGCCCCACAGCCCGCGUUACUUGGCCCCCAGCCAGCGGGAGAGCCUGGAAGUGCGGGUGCGAGAGGUGGAGGAAGAGAACCGACUGCUCCGCAAGCAGCUCAGCCUGGCGCAGGGCCGGGGCCCCUCACACCGACAUGGCAACCGCUCCAAAACCUACUCCAUGGAGGAAGGAACUGGGGACAGCGAGAGCCUACGGGCGGGGAUUGUGGCUGGUAACAGCUCUGAGUGCGGCCAGCUGCCAGCCGUGGAGAAGUGCGAGACCAUCCACGUGGCCAUUGUGUGCGCCGGAUAUAACGCCAGUCGGGAUGUCGUCACCCUCGUGAAGUCCGUCUUGUUCCACAGGAGGAACCCGCUCCACUUUCAUCUCAUCGCAGACACAAUCGCUAAGCAGAUCUUGGCCACUUUGUUCCAAACGUGGAUGGUGCCGGCAGUGCGCGUGGAUUUCUACGAUGCGGAUGAAUUAAAGUCCGAGGUCUCCUGGAUCCCCAACAAGCAUUACUCGGGUAUCUAUGGGCUGAUGAAGCUGGUGCUUACUAAGACCCUCCCGGCCAGUCUGGAAAGAGUCAUUGUCCUAGACACCGAUAUCACCUUCGCUACGGACAUUGCUGAGCUCUGGGCCGUCUUUCAUAAGUUCAAAGGGCAGCAAGUGCUUGGAUUGGUGGAGAACCAAAGCGAUUGGUACCUGGGAAAUUUGUGGAAAAACCACCGUCCUUGGCCGGCGCUGGGGAGAGGGUACAACACAGGGGUGAUCUUACUGCUCCUGGACAAGCUGAGGAAGAUGAAAUGGGAACAGAUGUGGCGACUGACUGCUGAGCGAGAGCUGAUGAGCAUGCUCUCUACAUCCUUGGCCGAUCAGGACAUCUUCAAUGCGGUCAUCAAGCAGAACCCGUUCCUGGUGCACCAACUCCCCUGCUUCUGGAACGUGCAACUGUCUGAUCACACCCGCUCAGAGCAGUGCUACCGGGAUGUCUCCGAUCUUAAGGUCAUACACUGGAACUCCCCCAAGAAACUGCGAGUAAAGAACAAGCACGUGGAGUUUUUCCGGAACCUCUACCUGACGUUUCUGGAGUAUGACGGGAACCUCCUGCGGAGGGAGCUGUUUGGGUGUCCCAGCGAGGCCGACGUCAACAGUGAAAAUCUCCAGAAGCAGCUGUCUGAGCUGGACGAGGACGACCUGUGCUACGAGUUUAGAAGGGAACGCUUUACGGUCCAUCGCACCCAUCUCUACUUUCUGCACUAUGAGUACAAGCCGGCGGGAGACGACACGGACGUCACUCUGGUUGCGCAACUUUCCAUGGACAGGCUCCAGAUGUUGGAGGCCAUCUGCAAGCACUGGGAAGGGCCCAUCAGUCUGGCACUCUACCUUUCCGACGCGGAGGCCCAGCAGUUCCUACGUUAUGCCCAAGGCUCUGAGGUUCUUCUCAACCGGCGCAAUGUUGGCUACCAUAUCGUUUACAAGGAAGGCCAGUUCUACCCGGUCAACCUGCUGAGGAACGUGGCCAUGAAGCAUGUCAGCACUCCUUACAUGUUCCUAUCUGACAUAGACUUCCUGCCCAUGUAUGGACUCUAUGAGAGCCUCAGGAAGGCCGUGGUCCAGUUGGACAUGAAGAUCACCAAGAAGGCGCUGAUUAUCCCGGCCUUUGAGACUCUGCGCUACCGACUGUCCUUCCCCAAAUCUAAGGCGGAACUGCUGUCUAUGCUGGACAUGGGGACCCUGUUCACCUUUAGGUACCACGUCUGGACAAAAGGGCACGGCCCCACAAACUUCGCCAAGUGGCGCACAGCGACCACGCCAUACCGCGUGGAGUGGGAGGCGGAUUUUGAGCCAUAUGUGGUGGUCAGACGCGACUGCCCGGAGUAUGACCGUAGGUUUGUUGGCUUCGGCUGGAACAAAGUGGCUCAUAUAAUGGAGCUGGAUGCACAGGAAUACGAAUUCACCGUGCUGCCCAACGCCUACAUGAUUCACAUGCCCCACGCGCCCAGCUUCGACAUCACCAAGUUCCGCUCCAACAAGCAGUACCGCGUCUGCCUAAAAACACUAAAGGAGGAGUUCCAGCAAGACAUGUCCCGGCGCUACGGCUUCACCGCCCUCAAAUACCUCACAGCUGAGAACAACAGCUAAUGCCAAACAGGGGAGAGGGGAUUCCCCCAAGCUGAGUGCCAGCUGAGGGUGCCAGCCGUGGUCGGCCCAGUUCCGGGUGCACUAAAUCACUCAUUUUGGGGGUGAGAAAUGAAGACCCAUCCCUUGCCCCCACCCCAAUACGCCCGAGCACCCGAGCCUUAGUUAUAGCCGAUGGUGAACAGUUUACGAGAAAGACGCCAGCAAAUUCUGCUCACUCCAGCCGCCCCUUCCUUACAAACAUUUCACUCCUACAAAGGCAAAGAAUUCCAUUUACAUCUACGAGGGGCAUAUGGAACCCUAAUUGCACUUGAAUGGAUUCCUUUCCGAUCAUCGGCUGCGAAUUGAGGGGAGGUUCCCCCCCCUCCCCAACUUUUUUUGCACACACUUUGAAAAGGUUUUCAAUUUAGGGACAGGUGUACAGCGUAUGUGAAAAUCAGGCUGGCGCAGUACUGCCAUGUUCCUGCGGGUGGCAGUAGUUGAAAUGGUUUCAUAGAUACACCCACACUCAUACAGUUUAGACACUUACCUGUAGCAAUGUUGGCCGCACUGUAUACACUUGCGGGGCAUAUGCAAGAGAGAGCUGCUCAAAGUUCUGGUGCAAUUCUUACCUGCCGGAGGCGCUGUGUUCACUGAGGAUAGAAGAAACCACUCUCGGGCUGACUUUAACCUGCAGGGGGCAACGUUGAACAAUAUAUGUGACUGACAGCAACAAAAGAGACUCGUCUGUUAAUUUGUUAAGAAUAAUUAAAGGGCAUUUCUUUCUAUUUUUGUAUUGUAUCCAUCCCUGUACAAAAGAGGUGUGGCCCCCCCGGUCAUUGUGUAAAUAUAAGGACUGCUGUGCCAUGCAGGGAGGGGGGGGGGGGGGGGUCUGUUGUACCAGUGGGAUACCCAUUAUGUGUUGGUAAUAUCAUCUCUAUACAAACAAAUUGUGGCCUAGUGAUCUGGCUGCCAUAUCAGUGUUGGGGCUGGAAGGAACCAUGAAAAUCCCCACUAAUGUGAAUUCUGAGAAUUAGGAGCUCCCCCGCGCCUCAGCAUGGACUAGUCCAGGCAUCUGGAGACUGUGCCCCCCCCCAGGUGUUGCUGAAAUGCAAUAUCCCACAUUAGAUGCCUAGAGUGUUGGCUGGCUGAGCAUUCUGGGAAUUGUAGUUCUGCUGCAGAGUUACCUGACCAUUAAAAUAAACAAGGGGCAAUUAUAAGGAUUUUGUCAAUCCCUUGGGAGGCAAAAAGUUUCUGAAUUGCCCUGUGUGUUACUGCCCUAAGUCAUCAUAGACUCCUUCAGGUCAGGUCCAGACCUUAAGAAAUCUAUGAGGGCAGCCUGGUAUUGUAGCUUAUCUCACCUUUGCAGCAAUGCCGCUAUCCGAGGUACGUUAAAACCAAUCAGAUAUGAGCUUUCAUGUUUAAACCACAAUCAAAGUGAUCCAAGAUCAUUCCCAAUUGGUUGCUGUAGUUACUGGGUUUCCUUCUUCUUGUUCCCUGAUGUUCAGCCAGUGAUAGGUCAGCUUUCAACCAAUAGCCAGGCUGACUGGGGGGGAGCAGAAAAGUCGUGGUGGUGGUGAUGUGGGUGGGUCACUAUUUCGUACCGUUCAGUAUUAAUUGUCAUGGAAACAUAAAAUGUCUAAUUCACUAGCCCGGCCACCGGGCCACUUGCCCAACAGCAGAUGCUCAGUACGAAGAUGGAAACUCCCGGUGGGGUUUGGUUCUGCCGUGGUGUUGGGGUGAUUCUUGUUAGAUUUAUACACAAAAUGCAAAUAAAAUGGAUUUCGUUUUAUAA